CCCCCCACCCCCCCCCCCCCCCCCCCCCCCCCCCCCCCCCCCCCCCCCCCCCCCCCCCCCCCCCCCCCCCCCCCCCCCCCCCCCCCCCCCCCCCCCCCACCCCCCCCCCCCCCCCCCCCCCCCCCCCCCCCCCCCCCCCCCCCCCCCCCCCCCCCCCCCCCCCCCCCCCCCCCCCCCCCCCCCCCCCCCCCCCCCCCGCCCCCCCCCCCCCCCCCCCCCCCCCCCCCCCCCCCCCCCCCCCCCCCCCCCCCCCCCCCCCCCCCCCCCCCCCCCCCCCCCCCCCCCCCCCCCCCCCCCCCCCCCCCCCCCCCCCCCCCCCCCCCCCCCCCCCCCCCCCCCCCCCCCCCCCCCCCCCCCCCCCCCCCCCCCCCCCCCCCCCCCCCCCCCCCCCCCCCCCCCCCCCCCCCCCCCCCCCCCCCCCCCCCCCCCCCCACCCCCCCCCCCCCCCCCCCCCCCCCCCCCCCCCCCCCCCCCCCCCCCCCCCCCCCCCCCCCCCCCCCCCCCCCCCCCCCCCCCCCCCCCCCCCCCCCCCCCCCCCCCCCCCCCCCCCCCCCCCCCCCCCCCCCCCCCCCCCCCCCCCCCCCCCCCCCCCCCCCCCCCCCCCCCCCCCCCCCCCCCCCCCCCCCCCCCCCCCCCCCCCCCCCCCCCCCCCCCCCCCCCCCCCCCCCCCCCCCCCCCCCCCCCCCCCCCCCCCCCCCCCCCCCCCCCCCCCCCCCACCCCCCCCCCCCCCCCCCCCCCCCCCCCCCCCCCCCCCCCCCCCCCCCCCCCCCCCCCCCCCCCCCCCCCCCCCCCCCCCCCCCCCCCCCCCCCCCCCCCCCCCCCCCCCCCCCCCCACCCCCCCCCCCCCCCCCCCCCCCCCCCCCCCCCCCCCCCCCCCCCCCCCCCCCCCCCCCCCACCCCCCCCCCCCCCCCCCCCCCCCCCCCCCCCCCACCCCCCCCCCCCCCCACCCCCCCCCCCCCCCCCCCCCCCCCCCCCCCCACCCCCCCCCCCCCCCCCCCCCCCCCCCCCCCCCCACCCCCCCCCCACCCCCCCCCCCCCCCCCCCCCCCCCCCCCCCCCCCCCCCCCCCCCCCCCCCCCCCCCCCCCCCCCCCCCCCCCCCCCCCCCCCCCCCCCCCCCCCCCCCCCCCCCCCCCCCCCCCCCCCCCCCCCCCCCCCCCCCCCCCCCCCCCCCCCCCCCCCCCCCCCCCCCCCCCCCCCCCCCCCCCCCCCCCCCCCCCCCCCCCCCCCCCCCCCCCCCCCCCCCCCCCCCCCCCCCCCCCCCCCCCCCCCCCCCCCCCCCACCCCCCCCCCCCCCCCCCCCCCCCCCCCCCCCCCCCCCCCCCCCCCCCCCCCCCCCCCCCCCCCCCCCCCCCCCCCCCCCCCCCCCCCCCCCCCCCCCCCCCCCCCCCCCCCCCCCCCCCCCCCCCCCCCCCCCCCCCCCCCCCCCCCCCCCCCCCCCCCCCCCCCCCCCCCCCCCCACCCCCCCCCCCCCCCCCACCCCCCCCCCCCCCCCCCCCCCCCCCCCCCCCCCCCCCCCCCCCCCCCCCCCCCCCCCCCCCCCCCCCCCAACUCUGCAUC